AUGUAUUCUAAAUCAGAUUAGAAGACUGCCCCCAGGAACGUCCAUUAAAGAGGAAUGUUAUCCUAUGAAAAAAGACAAUUAAGUUUCAGAGAUGAAUUUGAUAAUAUUGUUGAAUAUCUUAAAAAGAAAAUAUGCUUGUUAACACAGCAUUAAUCAUAAUCGACAAUUGAUGGAUUAAUGGAUUAUGUUUUUGAUAUCACUAGUCCAUUGCUUAAGCACAUUGAAUUUCCAAUGUAAAUUCCUUAUCAAACAACAUUUUGUGGGAAAAGAAUUUUAUAAACAAUUGAAUUUUGGACUCUCUAUUAAAUCAUUUUUUAUCUGUUAAACCCUUAAAAGAAUUAAUAUUUUAAUCGUUUGGAAGAAUUAUUUUAAAUUCGAUUAAAUAAAUGCUUGACAAAAGAUUAAAUUAUCGAUACCCAUAAAAAUAUAUACUAAAUUGAAUAAGUAUAAUAAUUUACUUUAAAUUUUUAAAAACUAUGUGAAAUUUAGAAUGAAACCAUACAAUCUCUUAACAAUAACCAAGAAUAAUAUUAGAAUUUGAAGAAUUUUAAAAUUCCUUGUAAAAAAAUUAAAAUUAUCAUCAACACAAAUAAUAAUCAAAAUAUCAAGAAGGAAGAAUUUUCAAAUCACAAUUAGACUGAGUCUAUCCUCGAAAAUAUUAAUAUCGACAGAACAAACUAUAAUUCCACAUUCAAUGAGAGUUCGGCCAUUAAAGACUAAACUUAAUUAUAAGUAUCAACAAUUUUAAUGAAUUAGUUUAUCAAAGAUGAAUAAAAGAAAGCUAUAUUUAAAAAAGAAUUGUAAGAAUUAGUAAUAGAGAGCAUCAAUGAUACUAUAAAUAAUAAUAAUCAAUACAUAGAAACUGAAAUUUCAAGAACUUAAAAUCCAGGAAAUGAGACAAGCUAAUUUAUCUCACUAGAAACUUUAUAUUUAUCCUCAAAUGUUGAAUUUGUAGUUUUGAUCCAUAAUGUCAACAGGAAUAACUCAAAUUCACUAAUUUAAGUAUUAGAAGGCGAAUAUGAAGGCUAAUUUGCAUUAUAUUAAUUUAAAGAAGCAUAAGAUGAAAAAGUCAAAAAGGAGGAUUUUGAUUAUUAUUAAAACUACCUUGAAUAUAGAAAAGUUCGUCAGAAUUAACCUCUAGUUGUAAUACAUAAGAUGCAAGUUAAUAAUGAUAGAUGA